AUGUUUCCAAGUAUUGAGAAGUUUGAUCCUGAACCUGCAAUUGCUGACUUGCUGGUGGUGAAGACCAUGGGCAAGAUGAUCCAAGAUGAAUGUGAUCUGAAAGGGAUUGCCCUCCCUGAGGCUGUAAAGAACAGACUUCUUCAGCUUGAAGAAGUGAUAUUCUUCGGGGCGCCUACCACUCCUGAAGCUUUCAGGGCAACAGCUCAGGGUCAGUCGGGUAUUCCAGCCAGGGGAAAUCUGACCCAGAGCCCCGCAGACAGCCCUGCCAGAGUAAGCCUGACCCAGAGCCUCGCAGACAGCCCUGCCAGGGGAAAUCUGACCCAGAGCCUCGCAGACAGCCCUGCCAGGGGAGUUCUGACCCAGAGCCCCGCAGACAGCCCUGCCAGGGGUAGUCUGACCAAGAGCCCUGCAGAGAGCCCUACCAGUGGAAGUCGGACCCAGAGCCCCACAGACAGCCCUGCCAGGGGAAGUCGGACCCAGAGCCCUGCAGAGAGCCCUUCCAGUGGAAGUCGGACCCAGAGCCCCGCAGACAGCCCUGCCAGGGAAAGUCAGACCCAGAGCCCCGCAGGACAUACAGCCAGUGAAAGUGUGGCCCAGAGCCCUGCAAGACGUGCAGCCAAUGAAGGGCUAACCCAGAGCCUCGCAGACAGCCCUGCCAGGGGAGUUCUGACCCAGAGCCCCGCAGACAGCCCUGCCAGGGGUAGUCUGACCAAGAGCCCUGCAGAGAGCCCUUCCAGUGGAAGUCGGACCCAGAGCCCCGCAGACAGCCCUGCCAGGGGAAGUUGGACCCAGAGCCCUGCAGAGAGCCCUUCCAGUGGAAGUCGGACCCAGAGCCCUGCAGACAGCCCUGCCAGGGGAAGUCCGACUUAUAGCACUGCAGACAGCCCUGCCAAGACACCAACUCGUACAUCAUUGAGGUUGGCAGAGAAGAGGGCAAUAAACAGUGAAAGGGGUGAAAGCCCAGUAAAGGCUACAGAGUCCUCAAAGUCGGGAGAGGAGGGGGCGAUGGAGGAAGAGGAGGUGGAGGAGGGGGCGAUGGAGGAAGAGGAGAUGAAGGAGGGGGCGAUGGAGGAAGAGGAGAUGAAGGAGGGGGCUAUGGAGGAAGAGGAGAUGAAGGAGGGGGCGAUGCAGGAAGGGGAGAUGAAGGAGGGGGCGAUGCAGGAAGGGGAGAUGAAGGAGGGGGCGAUGGAGGAAGGGGAGAUGGAGGCCGAGGCCACAGAGGAUGCUGUAGAGCUGGAAGAGCCGAGUGCUAGAGAGAGAGUGUUGGAGGCUAGAGUAAAGGAGUUGGAGGCCAGGGAGAAAGAAUUUGAGGCCAGGGAAAGGGCGCAUUUGGCCAGAGAAGAGGAAUUGAUUUCAUUUAUCUAA